GCAGCUCCCCUUACUCUCUAUCACUCUCACUUUCUUUCUUACUCUUCUAUGAUCCAAAUCCCUCCCACUCUGCCCAGAUUCCGCUGAUCCUCUCAAUCUCCCAACAGAAAGAGAAAGAGAGAGCUAUGGCGACUUCCCAUUGCUCCGUUACUCGAAGCCAUGUCCACCCUUUCCUGCAUUCCUCUUCUACCCCGAGACUGUUCGAUCUCAGUUCCAGAUCCAGGAGCUCGAUGAACUCCCGGUUCCUCACCAAAAUCGCCGGCUUCCGGAGGCCGAAGAUCGCCAGACGGCGGCCCGUUCUCGUCAGGAGCGUGCUGAAUGAGCCGAAGCAGACGAUUCAGCAUUCCUUUACUGAAAACGGUGCCUCUCUUGAUGCUGCAUCUAUUGCUUCAAACAUCAAAUACCAUGCAGAGUUUACACCUGCAUUUUCUCCGGAGAGGUUUGAGCCUCCAAAAGCUUUCUUUGCAACUGCACAAAGUGUUCGUGAUUCACUGAUUAUUAAUUGGAAUGAAACAUAUGAAUACAAUGAGAAGUUGAAUGUGAAGCAGGCAUAUUAUCUCUCAAUGGAGUUUCUGCAGGGUAGAGCAUUGUUAAAUGCAAUUGGUAACCUGGAGCUUACGGGUGCAUAUGCAGAAGCAUUGAACAAUCUCGGCCACAAUCUAGAGAAUGUAGCUUCUAAGGAGCCAGAUGCUGCUCUUGGAAAUGGUGGUUUGGGUCGGCUUGCUUCAUGUUUCCUAGAUUCUUUGGCAACAUUGAAUUAUCCAGCAUGGGGCUAUGGACUAAGGUACAAGUAUGGGUUAUUUAAGCAGCGCAUUACGAAAGAUGGCCAGGAGGAAGUGGCUGAAGAUUGGCUUGAACUGGGUAAUCCUUGGGAGAUAGUGAGAAAUGACGUUUCAUACCCGGUAAAGUUCUUUGGUAAAGUGAUCACUGGAUCAGAUGGAAAGAAGCAUUGGAUUGGCGGGGACGACAUUCAAGCAGUUGGAUAUGACGUUCCCAUACCAGGAUAUAAAACUAAAACUACAAUUAACCUUCGGCUUUGGUCAACGAAGGCUUCUUCAGAAGAUUUUGAUCUAAAUUCUUUCAAUGCAGGAGAGCACGUCAAAGCGUGUGAGGCCCAAGCAAAUGCUGAAAAAGUAGGGUUUUUAUAUUUUCAGUUGUUUACUGCUUGUUAUUAUGGCUUUCAUUGUCUGGAUACGGGUCACGACUUCUGAACUUUAACAUCUUACUGUGGAAUGAUGUUGCUCUUCAACUUUGUUUGUCGAAACACAAAAUAAAUGAUACAAGGGAAAUAAGUUAUUAUCAAAUUU